UCUCUUCCAAUCCAGACAAAAGGAGAGGACGGCAGAUCCGCGGAGGCGCGCACCGAGUCGAGCAUCUGUGCACCUUGGAGACGCCACGGGCUUGAUCAGACGCGCAAGAAAGUACCGGCACAACGACGCACACGCCCUCCAGAUCCACCUUUCAAACCCCAGAGCCGGCCAACUGUACUGUCUGAGGGCCGAAAAAAGGGAGUCUGAGCCCCGGUUCAAGCGCAGCCAGAACACCGUGUUCCCAUGAUGUCAUACCUGUGGAUCCUGCUAUUAGGGAGCCUGCUGGCUGCAGGCGCCAAGGCACAAGAUGAUGCUGACCAAACAGCCCCUGAGGGAGACCCAGUGCCACAGGAUGAAGGAGAUCCUGAUGCUGACCAGAAACCUGAGGAACAACCACCAAUGGUGACUGAGCCUGAGUCCAAUGCUGAUCCUGAAGCCGAAACUCCUGCUGAUGGAGACACACAACCAGAUCCUCCCUCUGAUGGAGACACACAACCAGACCCUCCCUCUGAUGGAGACACACAACCAGACCCUCCCUCUGAUGGAGACACACAACCAGACCCUCCCUCUGAUGGAGACGCACAACCAGAUCCUACUUCGGAUGGAGACGCUCAGCCAGAUCCUACUUCGGAUGGAGACGCUCAGCCAGAUCCUACUUCUGAUGGAGAUGCUCAGCCAGAUCCUACUUCUGAUGGAGAUGCACAGCCAGAUCCUACUUCGGAUGGAGACGCUCAGCCAGAUCCUACUUCUGAUGGGGACACUCAGCCAGAUCCUACUUCUGAUGUAGAUGCACAGCCAGAUCCUCCGUCUGAUCCGGACGCUCAGCCAGAUCCUACUUCUGAUGUAGAUGCACAACCAGAUCCUCCUUCUGAUGGAGACACAGACACAGAUACUCCAAAAGAGCCUACAGCUGUUCCAACAGCUGAUGAAGAGGAAACACCUUCCUCAAGCAGUGAUGCUAAGCCUGCCCAGGAGGAGAGUGGACCUGAUGGCAAUGCAGAUCCAGCUGCAGCAGAUAAUGAGGAGGAACAAACUGAUCCAGCUGCUGGUGCACAACCCACAGCAAAUCCAGAACCAGAAAUAGUACCAGCGGUCAGAUCAGGGGUGGAGGCCAAUGCCCCCGCAGGUGCUGGAUUUGACCUGAGCCAUGCUCUACCAGAAAACUCUGCAGGGGACACCCCAUCACAGUCAGGAAACAGCGGCAGUUUGGAAAGUGGGGCACAUUCUGCUGGCGCCACAGGAGAUGCAGACAAACCUGAAGGCCAAGGGUCCGGUUCUGGAUCUUUGGCAGGCAUCCUGAGUGGAAUUGUUGUGGCUGCAGUGGGAGCAGUUGCUGGAUACUUCACCUAUCAGAAGAAGAAACUGUGCUUCAAAAACAGACAGGAAGCAGAUCCAGAAGCUGCACGCAAAGCUGACACAACAGAAGCUAACGCAGACCCCCAAGUCCUCAGCAACCUGUUGAACUCCUCCUAGACCAGCAAUGAUCACAUGACUGCCUGGACCAGCAAUGGGCAAGCAAAGUGGCAAUCUCACUGUUAGGCUCUGCUGUCUGUAGAGCUAAAUUACUGUGAGGCCCCAGAGCAGGGCUGUGUGUGUGUGUUCUGUUUGUUUGAAUGUGUGUGCAUGUGUGUGUGUUGAUCUGUGUGUAUGAAUGGGCAUAUGUACAUUCAUUCCUGUGUGUGCAUAUGUGUGGGGAAAAAUGAGAUGAGGUAGAUAAGAAAAAGCAAGUAGAUAUAUGUGAACCUUCGGGCUUUUAUGAUUGUUAGAACAUAGGAAUUUAUGAAAAUGAUUGGUCAAACUUUCUACUUUAAACCAAAUCCAACAACUUUUUUUAAGAGUGGACGAUAAACAGAUUAAAUCUUAGAUUAAGUCUGACCAUGAGAUGUCUAAAUUAAAGAACUACUUAUUUUUAUUUUAUUUCUAUGGCUAAUAUUCAGCUCUAGUAAUUCAGUGUGAAUAUAAACCAGUGACAGAUAUCGAUGUUGUAGAUGUUUAACUUUGUACUGGAUUCUUAAAAGUGGAUUUUUUGUCAUUUUUCAUUCUUUGAGCCACCCAUAUGAUUUGUAAAAUCCACCGGCACUGUAAAAUAAAGCAUUUUUGUCCUUUUUAAUGUUGCUUCCUGCGGAAUAAAUGCAGGGUAGUCGGAUAACAGGGGGAUUCAGUACCUACCACUGUAUUUCCAGGAUUGUGGCUAGGAAAAAUAGUACAGAUUAUAAUCCUAGGAUUCUGGGAAUUGUCAGGUGGUCCAAGGUGUGUGUGUGUGUGUGUGUGUGUGUGUAUUCAGUGGGCCACUAAUGUCACAGUGUGUGCGUGUGUGUUUGUGUUUGUGCAUGUGUCAUUUUUGAUGGGUGGAGGGGGCUUAGUUACAAAUUCUGUUGGGUGACGACCACUUCUCCUCAGUCAGUUCAAUAAAUUACUUGUGGCAUUUCAAAUUAAACACACAACAAUGCAAAUGAUCUCCCCACCUUUGAACAUUUAAAGAAUUUUUUUAACCAUCGUAAGACGUACUGAGGUGAGUUGAAGUGAAGUGUAGUCCAACAAUUUUUCUGUCGGUGGAUGUAUGUUCACUUGACAUGGCCAAAUUCAAAAGAGCUAACGCAGAAAUGUAAUAGACGUUGUUCUGAUGUAGUGUGUGUCAGUCUUGUUGUGAUGCAGUAAUUUCUCCUCUAUAGUGCCUUUUACUGACACAUCCUGGCUUGGCCAAUCCACAGACACACAGAGAGGAGAGCUGGGACAGGCAGAAGAGUAAAUGAAUGUAUCAAAAUACAUGAGCAAGAUAACUGAGGAAUGUUUAAUCAGCUCAGAAAUGAUCGAUUCCCUGGUUGAAAAGUCUCAUAUAUGUGAGGCUGUUACCUUAUUGUGACAUGUGUUCAUAUCGGGCCAGUUUGCUGUUUUGUUUCCAGUGUUUUAUCCUCAACCAAUAUUGAAUUCCAAACUCUUACCAGCCUCAGACGUAAAACUCUCCUCGCCGUGUGUCUCUUCGGUUGAGCAGGCCAUUUGCUGUCACAGUGUUUUUGUAUCAUUCAUAUUUCCAUUCACCUGUGAUUUUUAUAGGAGUUUUACAUUUAGGCAACGUGAGGCAACUUGUUUACUGUGGUAUUUUGUGAUUAUUAUUGUGAAAUGCCCCAGAAGCAGCGUUCCCAAAAAAAAUAGUUUUGUUUUGGGGUUUUUUUGGGCCACUGUAGCACAAAAAAAACCCCCAUUAAAUUCUGAAUGUCUUUUUGUUGCCUUGCAGUUUUGUACUUGCUCUACUCCCUUUAAACUUUGAAAUGGGGUGAUAGAGGUUGCGUCGUGCUGCAGUUCGUGCAAACUGUGUUACUUGUAAAGCACCAUAUAGCUGCAAUACAGGACAGAGACUGUUGCUAACAGCCUAGCCUCAAGAUGAGAAAUAUUAAAAGUCUGUGAUGUCAUAUAUCAAUUAAUCCUACUGUAUAAACUGGGGGCUGGACACCGGGUCAAAGCUCUGUUUAUAAAUGCCUUAUCCCGUAUCCUGUGAUAGACCGAAUUUCUGAACAACACUGAACAGGAGGAUCUGAAAUCUCUUACUGCAUCUGCUACAAUUGUAUGGAGUGAUAAUGCACAAAGUACCUGUUUCAUAAUAGAGCAAGCUUUCAUAUACAGCCACCGAUGCCUUCAGAACAGAAAAUACUCCUUUGAAUGCAGUACCCACCCACUUCAUCCAGUCCAGUAAGCAUAAUAGGAAUCAAUAAAAGCUCUCUGCUGUCCUGCAGUGCACAUUCAGAAACCUUGCAGGGACUGAUCUGAUGGAAAUGAGACUGAAAGAACAGUAAAUCUGUAAAAAUCUAACAAGGCCUGCUUGUGUUUCGAGCCCCAUGGUCCAAUCUACAUUAAGUCCCAAGGCAGUCACAUUCCCUGUAAACACAAAUGAUUGGAGCAUCCGAGCAAGAAUGUAAAACAAAGAAAUCUUAGACUUCUUUGGGUCCUGAAGUGCACUUCUCAGAUAAUUUUAGGGCAUCAAUCAUUGUGCUGACCAGUCCUGCCUUAUAAUGUCAACUCUUGAAUACUCCAGCAAGGAAAACAAAGAACAGUGUCAUCAUCAGAAAUCAAGAUUGAAUCAAGCCAGAGAUGUUUUGCAAGUGAUUUUGAUCACAUGAUAUCUAUGGGAGAAGCACUUUCCUAUCCUGUAUACAUCUUGAUUCAUUAAUCAUAUAGAUGAUUCAUUUCCUGAUUUAGACUAGUGACUCUUCUUUUUUUUAUUUAAACAUUCUGUGUUUUUGUUUUGCGUAGAAACUGUCUUCUUUAUUUUUGUCAUCUGGCACUUGUGUUGUUCUUCUUGAAUUGUGUAAAUAACGUUUGAGGAGUCAAUUAAACAGUUUUCGUGGGA